AUGUUGAGACAGCCAGUCGCCAUCUCAAGAGCGCUGCGAAUGGCCACUAGCAGCAGAAUGGGUGUGAGAUACGCACCCUACGAACAGCAACCCAGGCCAGCCGCGGCGCAACCAGAGGGCACUGUUGUGGGUGGAGCAGGUACCUGUGAAGGCUUCAAGGGAAACACCCUCAGCCAGGCUACUAUUACAUCAAGGCUGUCCGCUCGCAGGAAUGAUACUGCGAACGGACAGGGUCCUGAGGCUGUACAGUCGUCGGGCGGAGGGCGGACUCGCCAACAGGCCACCAUGCGGGCGCCCAAGGUGGACGAGCGACAGACUCCGUACUUGAGCACGGACUGGAACUGCCAUGAUUGCCAGAGAGGGUAUGCGCGAGAAUACGAGCUCAAGCGGCACCGUAGCACCACAAGAUCUCACGUGGAAGCGUCGUUGACGUGCGACCAAUGCAAGAACAGCGACACGUUCAGCCGGCCGGACGCGCUCCUCACUCACAAGCGGGCAUUCCACGGGUGGCCCUGA